UCACAUUACAGUCAAUGAUAUUGCCAAACUCUUUCCUUUUUCAGCUUUGUGACUCUGAGAGAGAGAGAGAGAGAGAGAGAGAGAUCCAAGAAGAGUUUCAAGCCAUGUCUAGUGGUGGAGAGGCAUCUUCAACCUCCUCACAAAGGUUGGAAGGCAAAGUUGCUCUUGUAACUGGCGGAGCUUCUGGUAUCGGUGAGGGCAUCUGCAAGCUUUUUCGGCAACAUGGUGCUAAGAUUUGCAUUGCUGAUGUGAAAGAUGACCUUGGCCAAGCUCUCUCUAAGUCUCUAGGCGGCGACAACUAUGCUGCCUUCAUCCACUGUGAUGUUACCAUCGAAGAAGAUGUUAGCCGGGCAGUUGACUUCACAGCUGAGAAGUACGGCACCCUCGACAUCAUGAUCAACAAUGCAGGGAUCACAGGCAACAAAGUGAUCGACAUACGCAAUGUGGACUUUAACGAGUUCAAACGCGUGUUGGACGUCAAUUUGAGUGGUGUCUUCCUCGGAAUGAAGCACGCUGCACGCAUCAUGAUUCCACAAAAAAAAGGUUCGAUAAUCUCCAUGGCUAGUGUGUCAAGUGUUAUCGGUGGUGCAGGACCGCAUGGGUAUACGACUUCAAAGCACGCGGUGGUGGGUCUCACCAAGAGUGUGGCAACAGAGCUAGGAAAGCACGGCAUCCGUGUGAACUGUGUCUCUCCUUAUGCAGUGCCGACAGGUCUCUCGAUGCCUCAUUUGCCGGAGAGUGAGAGGUCUGAAGAUGCACUGGAGGGUUUUCUUACUUUCAUUAGCAGUCAUGCUAAUUUGAAAGGUGUCGAUCUUAUGCCGAAUGAUGUAGCACAAGCUGCACUUUACUUGGCAAGCGAUGAAUCUCGAUACAUUAGCGCGCUGAACCUCAUUGUCGACGGAGGCUUUACUUGUGUGAACCAUUCCCUGAAAGCUUUCGAGUGAUGCCGUCUUCAUCGCAUAAUGUUUAUGUGUGUGCUUGGCCGACAGUGAUCGUUUUCGAUGUUUUUUUGUAGGUUGUUUGUGUGAUGAAUAAUAAUAUGAACAGUGGCAGUACUUUGAUGUUUUUCAGAGACUGUUUUUUAGAAAUGUAGAAGGAAGUGAUUUCAGUAAUACUUGUGUUUCUUUCUUCACUUGCUUUAAA